UAUUAAGAUCAUCCAAAUGACCUAUGAACCACUGAAAUUGUUUGGAUGUACAUGACAGCCUAGUAGACCUAGAGGAUGGUCCCAUCUGCUUUGGGUAAUUUUGGUCUUUCGUUUCCAGUCACAAGUUUUGAUGAUACACCUGGUACCCCAAUAAUAACCAUCACUGAAGACAAUACAUUACCCGCUGAUGAGGAAGAUUUCGUCAAAUAUUUUGGACUUGAGAAGCACACAGAGGAGGAAGGUAGCAAAAAUGGACUAUUAAAUUGUGUCUGCACUGUCAAUUUUCCAGCACAAUCUUUAUUGUUGUCUGGUCAUGUAUAUGUGGAUAUGUCCCUGCUGGAAUGUCAUCUUUCACUCCUUUGCUGCAGACAGAUUAAGCUCAAUAUUAGGGGUAGAUACAUAUGUAUAUCACUAAUAUAGGUCAGUUUGGGGAGGUGCCAUGUUAGUUUUCAUAUUGUUAAAAUAUGUUUCAUUUGAAACAAUUGUUCAGAUUUGUUAUUCCU